CGCGCCGUGUGGCGCAGUUUUAAUUCGGGGAGGGCGGGGGAGGCCGCUCUGCGCAUGCGCGGCCGCUCUGAGGGGAGGGGGAGGCAAGAUGGCGGCGCCCGCCCCCGCGUGAGGGAGAAGGGCGGGGCGUGAGGGAGAGAGGCGGGAAAGAUGGCGCUGGCCUGGGCCGCGGCGGCGCUGAGGGCGGCGGUAGGAGGCGGCGUGAGGGGAGCGGCGAGGCCGCGGUGGGCUCAGGACCUCCCCCGUUUCUGCAGCACCCAAGAAACCCCCAAGGACCCCCCGCCCGCCCCCUCCCCCUACCAGGAGCGGCCCUGGGAGUACCUGGAGAGCGAAGAGUACCGGGCCACCUACGGUGACAAGCCGGUGUGGCACGGCUACCGCCGCAACCACAAGGGCUCCGUCCCCCCGCAGCGUGCCCGAAAGGCCUGUCUGCGCCGGGGGAAGCCUGUGGGGAACCCCUGCCCCAUCUGCCGGGACCGGAACCUUCUCGUGGAUUUCCGGAACGUGAAGCUGCUGGACCAGUUCAUCUGCCCCCACUCCGGCGUCAUCUUCCACCCCAUCCACACAGGGAUCUGCCUGAAGCAGCACAAGCGCCUGUCCCAGGCCAUCGCCCAGGCCCAGGACCACGGUCUCCUGUGGCUCCGUGUCCCCUUUGUGCCGGUCCCUGAGGAGGAUUUCUCCAACCAACACGCGGCCGUGGGGAAAACUCCCCCGGCGCCCGCCCUGAGGGAGCCGGGCCGGGCCUGGUACCCCUGGUACGAGUGGCAGCAGCCCCCCGCCGCCGAGGUGGCCCGGAUGCGCCGCCUUUACCGGGGAUUCCUCAAGGAGAAUUACCCGGAUAACCCCCCAAGCCCGUCGGGGAAAUAAAACCGUUAAAAAUC